GUCUAAGAGAUCAUCUGCAAGAUGGCGAAUUCCUUGAGUGAAAAGAAGAAAGCAGAAGGAUUGUCGCUUCUCAAGGAAGCUGAUAAAUGUCUUCGUACGAACUGGUUGAAAUGGAAACCCGACUUAGACAAUGCAGCCGAUAAAUUUAUGAAAGCUGGAACGGCAUUCAAAGUUGCCAAAGCCUAUGAUCAAGCUAAGGAUGCAUUUUGUAAAGCUGCUGAUGCUCAUCAACAGAACCAUUCAUUAUUUCACGCAGGCAAAGCCCUUGAACAAGCUGGUGUAAUGAUGAAGGAAAUGAAGAGAGUGGAUUAUGCAGCUGAUCUUUUACAACGAGCUGGAGCAUUAUUUUAUGAAAGUGGAACUCCUGAUACUGCUUCUCUGGUUCUGAAAAAAGCUGCAAAAAUAUGCGAGGGAAGCAACAUCAACAAAGCUAUUGAACUUUAUCAAUCUGCUGGAGAAAUGUGUGAGAUGGAUGACAAAUUGAGAGAGGCUGCAGAACCAUAUUCCAAACGCACACAGCUUUUAUUAAAGUUGCAAAAGUACGAAGAAGCUGUUAAAUCACUCAAUAAACAAUUUGAACUUUAUGAAAGGAUUGGAAACACAGGAAUGCAGUUUAAGGUAUUGCUGGGUCUUACUGUUGUCUAUUUGUCCGAAGGUGAUUAUGUUUCUGCAGAUAAGUGUUUCAAAGAUGCCUUUGAGGUGCAUGGUUUUGGUUCAUCAGAUGAAGCUGAAGUAAUGGAGGAACUUUUAAAUGCUUAUGAUGAGAAUGAUGAAGAAAAAUUAAAAACUAUUGUCAGAAAACCUGUUAUUCGUAAUCUUGAUAAUGAGUUGAGUAAAUUGGCAAGAGAUCUAAAACCUUCAGAAGAAUUUAAUAUUAGGGGACAAGAGAAAGAAAUAAGAUUUCUCUCCAGGAACAAUCCUCCAGGAGAGCAACUCAUCUGUGAUGAUGAUGAGAAUCCUUUAGGAAGUGAAGAGAGUGCUAAGGACUCAAAAGAACAUGAUACAAUUGAAUCAUCAAACCAAUCCUCUGGAGUGCAAGGAAUCAUUGAUGAUAAUGUAGAUCCUUUAGGAAGCAAAGAGAGUGCAGAGGGUUUACAGGAAUAUGAUAAAACUGAAUCAACAAAUCAAACCUAUGAAGAACAAGGGAUCAUUGAUGAUAAUGUAAAUCCUUUAGGAAGUGAAGAGAGUGCAAGACAGUCCAUGAAAGAUAUGUCACUAAAAAGUGAUUUAAAUGCAAGUAAGUUGAUGGAACAAGAGUCAGCAAUUGCUCUUCAAACAAAUGAACAAACAGGAGAUGAAAAGGUUAAGUCAUCACUAGGUGAUGAAGAUGAAUUUGAAGGUGGAUUAUGUUGAAGGAAAGAGUAUUAGACAAAUUACUUUAAUGAUGCCCAUAUGCAUAGCUACCUUCAUUCACAUUACAUUAUAAAUAAAUUCAAACCAAAUUAAAUACUUAUUUAGUAUUUUAAGACUAUGAAAGAAA